AUGACUGUCCGCCGCGAAAACCCGGCAGCGCACUGCACUAAUGUUCUCGCCUCCCGCCGGUGUCGCGUCAUUCUUGCUCUCACCGCUGUGAUAUUGACGAUUUACCUAAUUCUCAGCAGAGCAGAUGAUUAUUACUCCCAAAAGACGUCUACUGUCCUCUACAAGACUUCCAAGGAUACGAAUGAGCUGGAUUGGUCGAAAUAUGCGUAUACUCAAUAUGUCACCAGCAGCGAAUAUCUUUGCGUCUCAGUGAUGCUGUUGGAAAGGCUACAUCACCUCGGAAGCCGUGCAGACAGGGUAUUGAUAUAUCCUAAAAAGAUGCUUCCAGAUCCCGAAACAAAUGAUGGCGGAGGCUCCCACGAUGCUGAAAUGUUAAUCAAGGCACGAGACGAAUACGGUGUAAAACUUAUGCCAAUUCAAAAUCAGCAUAAAGAUACUGUUGACGAUACACGGGCCAACUCUUACACCAAACUCCUCGCCUUUAACCUGACUCAGUACGAGCGUGUCAUUGCCAUCGACGCAGAUGUCACAGUCUUGAAGCACAUGGACGAACUCUUCCACCUGCCGCCAUGCCCCAUCGCCAUGCCUCGCGCAUACUGGCUCCUCGACGACAUGAAAUCCCGAAUGACGCUUUCUUCCCACGUCAUGGUCAUCCAACCCAGCGAGCAGGAAUUCGACCGCAUCCAGAAGAGGGUUCAGCUCGCUGACAACGACGAAUACGACAUGGAGCUGCUAAACAAGCUGUACGCUGACACGGCCAUGGUGCUUCCUCACAGGCCUUUUGCAAUGAUUUCUUCAGAGUUUCGCGAGACGGAUCAUCACUUGUAUCUCGGCUCUGAGACGGAGGAAUGGGACCCUGUAGCGGUGCUCAAUGAAGCCAAGACGGUUCAUUUCUCAGAUCACCCCGUGCCGAAACCCUGGAAAGUACAUCUGACUACGGACGAUCAGGAUAGUAUUACCAAUUUGGAACCUAAAUGUGAAAUGAAGACAAAGGACAGCGAAAGCGAUGGCGAAGAGGAGGAUUGCUCGGGAAGGGACGCAUGGAGACAGCUGUACGCUGAUUUCAGAGAGCGCAAGGCGGUAAGUUGUACAUUCAUGAGAUGA